GGCAGAAUGGAUUAACCUUACUCGUGCCAUUCUUCAAGCAUGUUUUCCUAUCCCCUACGGUCAGUGAGAGGAGCGGUCAGUGGAAGUCCAGACUGUUGACCACUAUGUUACACGUGUGUGGACAGCUGGCAGAAGAAGAUGCAAUACAUCUGUACCUGUUUCUCAGGGAUAUUGUGCCAUGUCUUCUGAUAUACCCUCUCUCCCAACAAGAAGAAACACUGGAAUAUCUGACCACCUUGGCAUGGCACAUAGAUACAAAUGCUCCGUCCACUGUUGUCCAGAGUGUCCUGCCAGUGGUCACCUCCCACCUGGUCACUUUGUGUGGCCAUCUCAUAACAUCUGGACUGGACGUCUCGGCAUGUCUUCGGCUACUGAUAAGAGUUGUUCAGAGACACCCUGAGGUGUUCCAUAACACUGGAGUGGUGCUUGCUUUGUUCUCUCUUAUUGGAAGUACUCCUCAACUGUAUAUUGCUGAGGUGCUAAAAUUAGGUAUGUAUGGACAAAAUUUGGUAGGCAUUAAGAAAAAAAUUAAUAAUGAAAUUUAA